AAAAAUGAAACUAAGAAUUGCAAUUGAAAAUUAAUUGAUUUAUAAUUGUUGUUUUGUUUGCUAAACACAAUAUAUAUAGAUGAACAAAGAAUAGUCCUAUGAGUACCCGGCGCCAUCAUGGACUUUGCCAGCGUGCUCAACAAAAGCGAGCCCCACCAACGAACCAUUAUACAUCUGGAUAUGGAUUGCUUUUAUGCUCAGGUUGAGGAGAUACGGGAUCCAACGCUGCGCACGCGUCCCUUGGGUAUACAGCAAAAAAACAUUGUGGUUACCUGUAAUUAUGUGGCACGAGCGCAAGGUGUCCGGAAGUUAAUGCUUAUCGCGGAAGCGCAGCGCUUGUGCCCGCAGUUGGUGCUGGUAAAUGGCGAGGACUUGGCACCGUAUCGUCUAAUGUCGCAAAAGAUCUUUGAUCUGCUCUUGAAUUACACGCCCGCCGUUGAGAAGUUGGGAUUCGAUGAGGAUUUUAUGGAUGUGUCGGCGCUGGUUGAAUUGCGUCAAGCACAUGCUCCUGAGGCACAACAAAAGCCUCCAGUUGGGCAUAUUUGUCCGUCGGAUGGUACGCAGUUGACCGCAUGUUCCUGCGGCUGUGCCCAGCGAUUGGCCAUUGGCACUCGGAUCGCACAGGAAAUUCGCGAGGAGCUGCAUUUGCGAUUGGGCAUCACCUGUUGCGCUGGCAUAGCUUACAACAAGUUGCUGGCUAAGCUCGUGGGCAGCCAGAAUAAGCCCAACCAACAGACGGUAUUGGUGUCCACCUAUGCCGAGGAAUUUAUGCGACAACUGAAUGAUCUGCAAAGAGUUACGGGCAUAGGACAAAAGACGCAAACGCUGCUACUGGAAGCGGGAGUGGCAAGUGUGGAGCAACUGCAGCAAUGCGAUAUGGAAUUUAUGCGGAAAAAAUUUGGCUUUGAGACUGCUACGAAGCUGAGGGACCUAGCCUUCGGCCGUGAUAUGAGCUCUGUACGACCCACGGGAAAACCGAAGACCAUUGGCAUGGAAGACUCUUGCAAACCGAUAUCAGUGCUCACAGAUGUAGAGGAAAAGUUUCGGAUGUUGCUUUUGCGGCUCGUUGAGCAGGUUGCGGAGGACGGUCGCAUUCCGAUUGCUAUCAAGGUAGUGCUGCGUAAAAAAAGUGCUGAUGGUAAAAGCCAUCGAGAGACCAAGCAAGCCAAUUUUCUGCCUUCCCUUUUUAAAACGAUUUGCUCCAUGGGCGAGACUGGUGUAGCUAAGGUGCAGCUGGCUGAUGGCGCUCUAGACAAACUGCUGAAGAUAAUCAUGAGACUCUUCGAGCGCAUUGUCGACCUCAGUAAGCCGUUUAACAUCACCCUCAUUGGACUGUCGUUCUCGAAGUUCCAGGAGCGCAAAGUGGGCUCCUCGUCCAUAGCCAAUUUCCUAAUCAAAAAAACCGACCUGGAGGUUCAGUCCAUCACAUCCUUAACCAACACAAGUCUCACAAGCCCCACAGCUGAGAGCCCCACCACGGUGUCCAGUCCAGAUGAAGCAGCCUUUCGUUCCUCUCCCACCACAUUUAAGCCAAGUGAUCAGUUCUACAGACGCCGUGCCACUACAGCAUCACCAAUUCCUAUGCUCUUGGACAACGGCUCUGAAUCGGCGGCUACCAAUUCAGACUUUUCGGAUUUUUCCGAAACAGAAGUCGAGCCCUCGCCGAAAAAGAGUCGCGUUGGCCGUCUUUUGGUGUCCAAACGCAGUCGUCUGGCCGCAGAUGUCGGUGAGAGCGCCGCUGAUGUUGCCUCCCCGAGCAAGCUGCGCGUCUGCGACCUGCGUCUGAAUUCGCGCGAUAGCGAGAAGGAUUUCCCCAUGAGUCCCACUACCGCAUGUACGCCUUCCACAUCGGCAGCUGCUGCGGGCAGCGCUAGCACUCCACGCUUCCGCACCAUUCAGCCACCUAAUACCCUUCUUAAUCGCAUUGACGGUAGCUUGCGUUUUGUAACGACACGCACGGCAAGUCGCCUUAGCUCCAAUGCCAGCAGCACAGCCUCCUCGCCACUCCCCUCACCUAUGGAUGAUUCAGUUAGUGCGCCCUCCACUCCUACGGCAAUGCCCAUGCUUCAUCAUGCUGACGCUGCCGACAAUUUUGCUGCUCCCAGUGUCAGUACAUCCAUGUCCACAGAUGCACUUUCGCACAUAGCCUGUCCAGCUGGCGUGGAUGCCAAAGUGUUCAAGGAAUUGCCGGUGGAAUUACAGAACGAGUUGAUUGCAUCAUGGCGCAGUUCGCUGGUGGCGGCCGUCACCAAUGGCAGUGGAGAUUCUUCUAGCCAGUCAGCGGUGCCCUCCCCAAGCAGCACGACCAAUGCGGCCACGGCAAGAGCAGGUGGAACCACGGCAACAGCUGCGAGCGCCACGCAAAAAAACACCUUGUACCGGUACUUCCUGAGGAACAAGUGAUGCACAGCAUUCAACGAGCGGCAGCUACAAGUGUCUAUUUUAAGCCCACAGUGAACAUUUGUAUAUUUUUGGUACUCAUAUGUGUCUCUAAUUUAAUGAAUCGUCCAUGUGCGAGAGAUGCUACUACAAAUACAAUCAUGAAUCUUGGUUAACGUA